AUGUUAGAAAAUAUCCAUCAAGAAAUUCUGAUCGAAAUCCUGAAGAGACUUCCGGUUAGAUCUCUUCUAAAGUUCCGGUGCGUCAGCAAAUCAUGGAACUCUCUAAUAUCAAGCUCCACUUUCAUUUCUUCUCAGGUCAGCCACUCCACCGGCCCCAACAGCAGCAUCAAAUCUUACUCAUUCGUCAAGCAAAAAUCCGUUCCGGAUUGUAAAGAACGGUUCAUUUUAUAUAACGACGGAGACGAUGAUGAAGAUUUCACGAUCCAUCGAGAACUUGAUGAGUUUCCUUACAAAGAUCAGAGAUAUCUUGAGGUUAUUGGUUCUUGUAAGGGUUUGAUAUGUUUAUCGGAUUCUCGUUACGCUCGUUUUUACGUGUGGAAUCCGAUCGUGAAAAAAUGUCUGACAAUUUUUUCGUUGGAUAGUUCGUUUGUCGUUGGUUUCGGAUAUGAUUACAAGAAAAACGACUAUAAAGUCGUAAAGAUUUUGCAUCAACCGGAGAAGACUAAGAUGUCAAUCGAAGUCAAGAUUUACGAGGUGAGCACUUCUUCGUGGAGGAGCAAAACUGUUGCGAAUCACGGGUUUGUUACGUUCUGUUUUGGUGAUCGAAAACGUACUUAUUUGAACGGUGUUUAUCAUUGGCUUGCUCGUAUUCCGGGCAAAGACGGAUCCUCGUCGGGGAAAUUAACAUUAGCUUCGUUUGAUUUAGGAAUCGAGGUGUUCAAAGAAACGAAAAUUCCCGACGAAUUAGCCGAAGACAACGAAAAUCAUCUUUCUUUAGUAGUUUGUGGUGAUUCAUUAGCUUUGAUUCAGCAUUUAUCAUGGAAAUCUGAUGAUUUUUCAUGGAGUCUUGGGUAUUAUGAGAAUUGUUGCAUUUGGGUGUUGAAUGAGUAUGGUUGGAGUAAACGACGUAGUUUUGGCGUGCAUGAUUAUGGAGGACUAGUUAGAGUACUAAGCUUUAGAAGAAAUGGUAAAAUUCUGCUUCAAAUAAAAAAUAGUGAUUUGGCUUCAUGUGAUCCCGAGACUCAAAAAGUUACUUGUCAUGGAGGAUAUCCUUAUCGGAGUUAUUUUAAAGUGCAUGAUUACGUCGAAAGUCUCGUCUUGCUCGGAUCGCCGGUAUAG